CUUUUAUAGAUGUUAAUCUAUUAUAGAUUGAAACAAUUCUGGACAGCGUACCCUACCUGUUUAUAAGCAAGGUCUCGUUGUAAACGACCGUAAAUCCAAUAUACAGCGCGAACAAUUUGAGAAACCUCCUGAACCGGUGUUACUUUUCUGUCCUUUUUACUGGCGUGUAGGGAUUUUACAUCGGGGAUCUGCAGGUUUCUGAGUAAAACUGAAGUUGAGCAUGUAACAAUAGCAGCAAACUGCCCUAAAUUUAUGAUAAAGAGGUUCGGGUGUUUCCAGGGAACGAGAGCUGAAGCAAAUCACGAUUCAGAGUGACCCAGGAUGCUGCAAACAAGACAGCAGCUUAUUGCAAACCGCCCAGAAAACAAGUGAGGAAACAACAAUUUUCUGUUUACGCAAACGCGAGAAAAUAUGCAGGUGCUGGAAAUUCAAGCAACUCACACAAAAUGCAGGAGGAACGCAGCAUCUAUAGGACGAAGUACAGUUGAUGUUUCGGGCCGAGCCCAUUCGUCAGUCCCCGUUUACGUUUAGUUAACUUUUCCAGCCUGUCUGACUAUUCCCGGCAUUGAAUGAGAUGUCAUCACAAGACCGCUUAAAACAAGGUACAGAUGGAUUAACAAAAGCAUCUGACCCGCGUUCUUUGUGGAGAAGUUGUGGAGGCCCAAGCGUUUGUGGGCUCGUCUCUCAAGUUUCAAUACCACCGGGUGCCAAUGGAAAGAUGGUACACAGUUCAUAUGGAAAGGUCCAGCCAGCCAGAGGACAGUGACCUUGGAAGUUGUUCGAGCCAUCUGACAGAGCGCUGCAACGAUGUUUCGUUGUAGACAACCUGAAGUGGACGGUGUGUGGGGUCGGUCGUUCCGCAAAGGAAAGUUGAGAGCUAAAACACACUGCCCCGACCUCACUAGUUCCAGUCAGCAGCGUUCUUAGCCGGAUAAGCAGUGGAAUCGCUAAAGCACAGAAUUCAUUGAUUGAGUGUGUGCCUUCAGGUUCCUGUACCUCCUUCCUGAUGAGGAGCAAUGAAAAGAGGGCAAGUCUUGGGUGUUAGGGUUCCUUAAUGUUGUUUGCCGCAUUUCGGAGGCAUCGCCCCUUGAAGAAGUGCUGGUUGCUGGGUAGGCUACUGCCCAUGAUGGAGCUUACUGAGUUUACAACUUUAUGCAGCUUAUGUUAAUCGUAUGCAGUGGCUCCUCCCGACCAGCCGGCGAUGCAGCCAGUUAGAAUUUACUCUCUGGUGUAACAUUGUCUCACUCUAUUCUAACUCAUCAAUGCUUUAUGGAUACAACACUGAAACAUCUCAUCCUCUUGAUUUAGUUUGGUAUUUAAUUUUAUUAUUUUCUGUAAUAACGAGAUAGAAUUUCAAUAAAUCAUCUUUUUAUUUUAAUUUAAUUGCUAUUUCCCUGACAGCUGCUGUCCAGAAAAAUAACAUCUUUCUAUGAAUUGCUUGGACUGUGAGUGCAAAUUUUUAUUUUCCCCGAAGUGAUUGCCACUGUCUUUCCACCGAGACAGCAAGUGGUACCUUGCAGCACAAGGGUUUCUGUCACUGCAUGGCAAGGUAGCAACUGACUUAUGUUUGAGAGUCCAGACAACCUCUAUUUCUUGAGUUUUAUGAUAAGUUUUUCUUCCUUGGUACAUUGAGAAGGAAGCACGACUGCCCUCACAAUCACUUUCUUCAGGUUGACUAAGGCAAGAAGUAGAAAAAUCACAGAAGGAAAGUCAAAAAGGCUCCCCAGAGCAUCCAUUUAAAGCCCUGUAGGCACCAGAUCAUUAUACACGCCAGCCAACAAAAGACGGAGAUCAGGAAUGGGAGGGUCAAGCUCCAGUGAACAGGUGACAGAGACUGAGACCCCAUCAUUCUUCACACAGGAAGAACUGAGCAAACUGAAGUCUGAUUUUGAAACAGGUGGGGUUGAAAAAGUUAAACCACUGAUACAGAAGAAACUAACUGAUCUGGACAAAACAGAGCUUAACGUUGCAGUGAUGGGAGAAACAGGUGCAGGAAAAUCCACCUUCAUCAAUGCCAUGAGAGGACUUCAGAGCGAUGAUCCGGGAGCAGCUGAAGUUGGGAACACAGAAACAACAAUGGAGCCAGCCAGGUACUCACAUCCCACUCUGCCCAAUGUUCGCUAUUGGGACCUGCCAGGGAUCGGAUCUACACGAUUCACAGCGGCUAAAUAUCUCACAGAAAUGAGAUUCAAAAGAUAUGAUUUCUUUAUCAUAAUCUCUGCUUGUCGAUUCAGAGCAAAUGAUGUCAAACUUGCCAGGGAGAUUAAACGGCUGGGGAAAAGGUUCUAUUUUGUCCGCUCUAAGAUUGAUGCUGAUCUUAAGUCCAUGAGGGAAGACGAUAAGGUUUUUAAUAAAGAAGAAGUGCUAGAUAAGAUUCGGAGUGACUGUGAGAAGAAGUUGAAACAGGCAGGGAUUCUGAAUCCAGCAGUGUUCCUGAUCGACAGUUUGAAAAAGAUGUUUGAUUUCAAUCAGUUAAAUGAAGAACUUGAACGUGAUCUAAACAAUGUAAAGAAAAGGAUCUUUGUCCUGGCGCUGCCAAAUCUAAGUGUGGAGAUAGUCCAGAGGAAAUAUGAGAUUCUGAAUAAAGAUAUCUGGAUUUUUGCAACACUCUCUGGGGGUUUGGGAGCGGUCCCAGUUCCCGGCUUCUCUCUCACUUGUGAUAUCGGAAUAUUGAUUGGAGCCAUUGUUCACUUCCGGAAAUGCCUGGGUCUGGAUGAUACUUCUCUUCAAAGUCUGGCCAAGAGAGCAGGAAAACCUGUGGAAGAGCUGAAGGUGACAUUAAAAGCUCCACUGCUGGGGAAUAUAACCCCAGAUGUAAUUAUGAUGAUAGGUUGGGGUACUACUGCUGCUGCAGUUUCCCUUCUGGAAAUUGCUCUCCACCAUGUGCCAGUCAUCGGUUCCAUUUUUGGAGCAGGUUCAUCAUUUCUCAUGACACUUAAGAUGCUGAGUUGUGCACUAGAUGAUCUUAGAGAGAAUGCAGAGAGAGUGGUGAAAGUUGCCUUUGAAACUGAUUGAGCUGUAUAAACAUCUACCCAGUGAAUUUAUAUCAGACCAUAGUUAAUAUUUUUAAUGAGGUUUAACACCAAAUCUUGUUGUAAUUCAACUCUAUAAUGUUCAGUUCUACUGCUUUAGUUACUGGCAAUUUUUCCUUAUCAAUUACCUAAGGGGGUGGGAGGGAGGUUCUAAGCUGCAGCAUUUGUUAGACCAUUGUAAGAUUAACAAAAUGCUACUCUAUCGAUGAACAUUAAAAAUUAGCUGCAUCUGCUUUCAGAAGUGUACACAGAAAAUGUACUUGAUAACUAUUGGUCUAUAGAAGGCACAGCUGGGUGGGUUGCUAUUCAAUAAUCCUUACAUUACUCAGCCAAUUACUUGCAUAAUAUAUAAUUGCAUAGGCAAAAUGAUAGCUGAUACUUGGGUGCAGUGAAAAGAUGUCUGUAUCAAGGUUGUAAACCAUUGGUUGAAAGGUCAAGUGCCACCCCAACCACCUGUACUAACCUUUGAUGUUAACUUACAGGGAAGAUGUUCACAGCAAAUCUUUGCUUAUUGACCUGCUACAUUUGACUUACAUUCAAGAGAACCUCUAAAUAAUAAAAAACAUCUUUGGAGAA